CAAUAAUUAAAUACCGCACUACUUAUUCAGCGGAAUAACAAAUAAAGAAGAGAGAAGAAGAUAAAAUAGGAUAAGUUAAAGAACCGGAUACGGAAUCCACAUAAGAUGCGAAAGAUAACCAGCUUCUUGUGCGGCACAGGAGCCGGAUUGGUGGCGUACUACUUGCAGCGGCUGCGCGACCCGCAGACGGCGGUCCAAAACUCGUGGACGCACAGCGACAAGCCGGUGGAUCCGUGGGCCCUUUGGGACAGCAAUUGGGAUUGCCGGGAGCCGAGGGCCCUGGUCCGUCCGCUGCGAAACAAUCAGCCGGAGGAGGAGAACCGCUACAAUGCUGACCUGGAAAAGGCCAAGGCCAAGAAGCCGCGCCAUAUAAUUCUCGUGCGGCACGGCGAGUACCUGGACGUGGGCGACUCGGAUGCCACCCACCAUCUCACGGAGCGCGGUCGCAAGCAGGCGGAGUACACUGGCAAACGACUGUGCGAGCUUGGCAUCAAGUGGGACAAGGUGGUGGCCUCCACGAUGGUGCGGGCCCAGGAGACCUCGGACAUCAUACUCAAGCAGAUCGACUACGACAAGGAGAAGGUAGUGAACUGUGCCUUUCUGCGCGAGGGAGCGCCCAUUCCGCCCCAGCCCCCGGUGGGCCACUGGAAGCCGGAGGCAUCUCAGUUCCUACGCGACGGAUCGCGCAUCGAGGCCGCUUUCCGGCGAUACUUCCACCGUGCCUAUCCCGACCAGGACAAGGAGAGCUACACCCUGAUCGUGGGCCACGGCAACGUGAUCCGGUACUUCGUCUGCCGCGCCCUACAAUUUCCCGCCGAGGGCUGGCUGCGCAUCAGCAUCAACCACGCCUCCAUCACCUGGCUGACCAUCAGUCCGUCGGGCAAUGUGUCUAUCAAGUACCUGGGCGACUCCGGCUUUAUGCCCGCCGCAUUGCUUACCAAUCGCAUCCCGCGGGAUGCCAAGAAUGUGGUCUAGUCGCCAAGGCCAAGUGACCCACGCCGAACUGCCAGGAUGAGAAGCAAUCAUAGUGUAUCUAUAUCUAUUGCCAAGCCUUAAAGUUAAUCCGUAAGCUCAGAUCAAGUAAUUGUGUAAACUACCAUGUUAAUUAUUGUCACACCAUAAAGUAAAUCUCCGGAGUAGGAGGAUCAUUGAGACUCCCGACUGAAAUAAUAACAUUUUUAUAAAAUGCCAUAGGUUAUAUCCUUGAUUUUAUCAAGCAUUGGUGAAAUCUUUUGUCACACCUUGAAGUAAAUCACCAGAGAAGAAGGAUUAUUGAGACCCUCGACUGAAUAAUAACGCUUUUAUAGAAUGCUAAACUUCAA